GGAGGCGGCACUGGGGGGCCCGGACGCCCGGAGCCGCGCCGCCUCCCUGCUGGGUAGACGACAGAAGCUCCGGGACUUUUCCUGCCUCUCCGGACGGCUCAAGAUGCUGCCGGCCGUGCUCUUCCUCCUCCUCCUGGGAGGCGCUGUCGCCCAUCCAGACCGGAUCAUUUUCCCACAUCCCGCCUGUGUGGACCCCCCAGCAGUGCUCUUGGAAGUGCAAGGCACCUUACAGAGGCCCCUGGGCCGGGACAGCCGCACCUUCCCUGCCAACUGCACGUGGCUCAUCCUGGGCAGCAAGGAGCAGACUGUAACAGUCAGGUUCCAAAAACUGCACCUGGCCUGUGGCUCAGAGCGCUUAAUCCUGAGCUCACCUCUCCAGCCACAGAUCUCCCUGUGUGAGGCCCCUGCCAGCCCUCUGCAGCUGCCUGGGGGCAACGUCACCAUCACCUACAGCUAUGCCGGGGCCAGAGCACCCAUGGGCCAGGGCUUCCUGCUCUCCUACAGCCAAGAUUGGCUGAUGUGCCUGCCGGAGGAGUUCCAGUGCCUCAACCACCGCUGUGUGCCCACGACCCAGCGCUGCAACGGGGUCGAUGCCUGCGGUGAUGGCUCUGAUGAGGCAGGUUGCGGCUCAGACCCCUUCCCUGACCUGACCCCAGUCCCUAUCCCCAACCUACCCUGCAAUCACACCUUGGAAGAAUUCUAUGGGAUCUUCUCUUCCCCCGGAUACUCACACCUGGCCUCAGUCUCCCACCCCCAGUCUUGCACCUGGCUGCUGGACCCCCAUGAUGGCCGGCGCCUGGCAGUGCGCUUCACAGCCCUGGACCUGGGUUAUGGAGAUGCGGUGCAUGUGUAUGAUGGCGCUGGGCCCCCAGAGACCUCCCGGCUGCUGCGCAGCCUCACCCACUUCAGCAAUGGCAAGGCUGUCACCGUGGAGACGCUGUCUGGCCAGGCGACCGUGGCCUACCACACAGUUGCUUGGAGCAGUGGUCGGGGCUUCAAUGCCACCUACCACGUGCGGGGCUACUGCUUGCCUUGGGACCGACCCUGUGGCUUAGGCUCUGGCCUGGGGGCUAGCGAGGGCCUAGGUGACCGCUGCUAUAGUGAGGCACAGCGCUGCGAUGGCUCAUGGGACUGUGCUGAUGGCACAGAUGAGAAGAACUGCCCUAGCUGCCCACCUGGACACUUCCCCUGUGGGGCAGCCGGCACCCCCGGUGCCACAGCCUGCUACCUGCCUGCUGACCGCUGCAACUACCAGACCUUCUGUGCGGAUGGAGCAGACGAGAGACGCUGCCGGCACUGCCAGCCUGGCAACUUCCGAUGCCGGGAUGAGAAGUGCGUGUAUGAGACGUGGGUGUGCGACGGGCAGCCAGACUGUGCCGAUGGCAGCGACGAGUGGGACUGCUCCUAUGCCCUGCCCCGCAAGGUCAUCACAGCUGCAGUCAUUGGCAGCCUAGUAUGUGGCUUGCUGCUGGUCAUUGCCCUGGGCUGCACCUGCAAGCUCUAUGCUAUUCGCACGCAGGAGUACAGCAUCUUCGCCCCCCUCUCCCGGAUGGAGGCAGAGAUUGUGCAGCAGCAGGCACCCCCGUCCUACGGGCAGCUCAUCGCCCAGGGCGCCAUCCCACCUGUAGAGGACUUCCCUACAGAGAAUCCUAAUGACAACUCAGUGCUGGGCAACCUGCGUUCUCUGCUACAGAUCUUGCGCCAGGAUAUGACUCCCGGGGGUGCCUCAGGUGCCCGCCGUCGCCAGCGGGGCCGCUCCGUGCGCCGCCUGGUGCGCCGUCUCCGCCGCUGGGGCCUGCUUCCUCGAACCAACCCCCCAGCCCGGAACCCUGAGAACAGAUCGCAGGUUACCCCUUCUGCCGCUCCCCUUGAGGCCCUAGAUGGCAGCACAAGUCCGGCCCGUGAGGGCGGGGCAGUGGGUGGGCAGGAUGGGGAACAGGCACCCCCACUGCCCAUCAAGGCUCUCCUCCCAUCUGCAAGCACCUCUCCAGCCCUCCCUACUGUCCCCGAGGCCCCGGGGCCACUGCCCUCAGCGUCCCUGGAGCCAUCCCUGCUGUCUGGAGUGAUGCAGGCCCUACGAGGUCGCCUCUUGCCCAGCCUGCAGCCCCCAGGACCAACCCGGACCCCACCUGAACCCCACACAACAGUCCUGUCCCCAGAGGAUGAGGACGAUGUGCUACUGGUGCCACUGGCUGAGCCGGGGGUCUGGGUGGUCGAAGCAGAGGAUGAGCCACUGCUUGCCUGAGGUGACCUGGCUCCCCUAGGGGCUCUAGUCACAGUGACAACAACCCAUUAGAGGGCAGCUCAGCCUCCCUUCCACUUCUUCCCUCCUCAACCCUCUGAGGGGCCUUGGUGGGUAAAUGCCAUAGGUUAGAUGUCCCUCAGACAGAGAGAGGGCUCACACAGAGCUCCCUCUGCACAUGGCCAGAGACCACAGUCUCUCCGCCACCACCCUCUCCCCACACCACCACCAUUCAGGUGGCUGUUUUUAAAAAGUUAAAUUCUCAAAGGAUCAUAGGCCUGGACACUCCAUCCUUGCCAAACCCCCACCCAAAAGUGGCCUUAAGCACAAGAAUGCCAAUUGGCUGGAGACUUCCAGCCUCCAAGGGGAGCAUUUGGGCAGAGCCUGAACUCAAAAGAAGAGCACAACAAAUGCUUUUAUCCCAUAGCUAGGUUAUUGCCCAGAAAGUCAAGGUCGAAAAUAAAGGAAUCAGAAUGUAA